AAAGGGAAAAGAAAGCUAAGGUUAGUUCUUUUGAAAGCUUCUUUUUGCAAAAUGAUUGUAGCAGCCCAAACAAAAACCUCUUAAAUCACACAUGAGUCAAGAAUAUAGAAUGAACUCAAGCAAACACAAGGCUAUUAAAUCAAUACACACAUCUAGGCACACAAACUCUAUUGACCAUUCUAGAACUUGCCAUUUGAUCAUUAAAAACUUUCAUCAUUUUUAAAUCCCUUUUAUCUCUCAGUAUUUGACUUCAUAGAUAUAACUUAUUGGCAUUGGCAAACAAUAAAAUUUCAUCAUAGCCAACAACACUUUAAACAACAACCCAGCAAACAGUCCAAUAUUACAUGAAUUAAGUAUAACAAAACAGUAAAUCAGCGGUAACAAUUAAUCAACAUCAAACCAUGACAUUAUUAUGCAAAAUAAAGGAAUUGGGGUAAGUGAUACUCUCAUGUUUGCAGAACAAGUGUGGAUGCUCCUUGCUAAAGACUCGAAAAAUAUUGAGAAAUUCAUUAGGCAACACAAAUUUUUUUCAAAAAUUAGCCCCUUUUAAUUCUAAAUCUUCAACCAUCCUUUUUUUCACUUGUUCUUCUCUUUGUAGCAUGUCAACUGUAGAAGUCUUUCUUUUCCUACCCUUCAUAGCUACAAAGUGAAACCCCAAAACCCUACUCAAUUGCUGAAAAUUCAAGACCCAAAAAAUAAAUUCAAAACCCUAAAAAUUGAAAAUUGAUGCACAAUCGAGAACCUAAAAAAAAUCGAAACUGAUGCACAAUCGAAACCCUAAAAGAUCGAAAUAUACUCUCCAAACCCAAAAAGUUCGAAUCCCUACAUAUUCCCACAGUAAAACUCCCAUACAAGUUGAAAAGCAACAACUAUAUUUGCACCCAAUGAUUGAUCGAACACCAUAAUUGAAAAGAUGGAGAAAUUUUAAUUGAAAAUUCUCAACAAAUUUAAGGUUUUAAGGUGAAGAGCUCAUGCUUGAAAGAGAGAAAAUGAGAGGAAAUGGAUUUAUUCAAAGGUUGGGGAUGAACUGUGAUGACUUAAUCACCUUUCUUUUAAUGCUUAAUUAAUUUUAGUUAGGAAAUGGAGUAGCUGGAGAAAAUUUUUUCUCUUAAUGUUUAAUUUUAGUAUUUCAUGAAUUAAUGAGAUGGGUUGGGAAUAAUUUUUAUUUAAUGUUUAAAUAAGUAGGGUAAUAAAAAUAAUAGUAAGGGUAAAAUAGUACUUUUAAUAGUUUUUUUAACCAAAAAUGAAAAGUGUAGCAACUAAUAAGAUAAUUCCAUUUGAAAAAAGUGUAGCAACUAUUAAAAAUCAGAAGAAGUAUGAUAUAAUGGAUAAAAUAUUUUAAAAUUUUAAAAUAGAGCAAAUUUAUUAGACAUACUUCUUAUAAAGGUCAAAAAUGAAAUAUAGUAAUCGUAUAAAAAUGUUCAGAUCAUAUCCAUUAAUUUAAAAAAUUUACUCAAUCUUAUUACCGAUUAUAUUUAACUCAACUAUACCUGAGACGUACACCUCGUAAAAUAACAAUUUUAAUCUCGUAUACGCACGAAAUAUAUACAAAACGAUUUUCAAAAGGGAGGGAAAUCUAAAAGUAAAAUAUAAAAGACGAAAAAGGAUAAUGAAAGAAAGAAACAGAAAACGGAAAAAUUGGGUACUGUUCCAGGUACCCACUUUUCGUCUUCAACAAAAGUCUGCGUUUUUCUUUUUCCCGUUUUCGUAACCGCUUCAAUCCAAUUUCCAAUUUCAUCUUGUUUUAGGGUUCUAAUCAAUUUCAUCUUUUGUCAAUCCCCUUUAUACAUCAACUUCAUAAUUUUUUCUUCUUUUUGUAUUCUUUGAUGAGUAAACAUAAUUACUUUUUAGGAGUAAUAUUCAAAUUUACCUGUUUGGAGUUCCAUUUAUGAUCCCAAACUCCCUUUUUUUCCCACGCAUUUCUUUCAUAAUAUUCAAUUUUGAUUUUUGUUCUUGAGUUUCUUUAUUGGAUCAUUCUUCUUCUUCUUUUUAUUCUUAAAUUUCCUCUUCUUUGAUAAAUCAAGAAAAGAGAAGGAAAUACUGAUUAUAAUUAUUGCUGAGGAUUAAUUUGUAGCUGAAAAUAAAAAUGAAAUUAGUAGUGAAAGUGAUAGAAGCAAGAAACAUACCAGCAAUGGAUCUAAAUGGGCUGAGUGAUCCAUAUGUAAGAUUACAAAUGGGAAAACAAAGGUUUAGAACUAAAGUGAUCAAGAAAUGCUUAAACCCUUAUUGGGGGGAUGAAUUUUGCUUUAGGGUUGAUGAUUUAAGUGAUGAAUUAGUCAUUUCUGUUUUAGAUGAAGAUAAAUAUUUCAAUGAUGAUUUUGUAGGUCUUGUUAAAAUCCCUGUUUCUAAGGUUUUUGAUGCUCCUGAUAAGUCUCUUGGUACUUGUUGGUACCCUUUGCAACCCAAGAGUAAAAAGUGUAAAUCCAAACAGUGUGGUGAUAUUUGCCUUCACAUAUAUCUUUCUCAAUAUAGUUCUUCGGUGGAGUUGCCUAAUGCUCCUUUGAAAACGCCUAGAAGAAUUGACAGUGGAAAAGGUGAAUCGGUUUCGUUAUCUUCAAGUAGUGCCUCGAGAUCAUCGUCUCCUAUGAGAUUGGAGGCUACUUCUGCUAAGAAUGAUGAUGAAUUGCUAAGUCAGAUGUCUGACCAAGCAGAAAGUUUCAAAUCUGAUCUCAACAAGGGGGUCUCUGAUGAGUUGACACCUGCAGCCUCUUUUGAUGAGUUGAUGAAAAUUAUGGAUGGGCAGGACAAGGGAAGUGAGCUUCCCAGCAACUUACCUGGAGGGGUUGUUUUAGAUCAGCUCUACUCAGUCAGCUCCGCUGACCUCAAUUCUCUAAUUUUUUCACCCGAUUCGAAAUUUCUUGCUUCAUUGGCAGAAGUUCAAGGAAGAACAGAAUUGAUUUUGGGGCAAUGGGAAUUUGAUAAUGAAAAUUUGAAACGUCAGAUCACCUACCUGACUGCCCCAUCAAAAUUAUCCAAGUCUGUAAAGGCUUUCGAGACUCAAACUUAUAAACUGGUCAAUGGGAAUUCGUUUGCAGUCUUGGUCAGCGUUAGCACUCCAGAUGUCAUGUAUGGAAGCACCUUUAGAGUGGAGAUGCUUUACUGCAUCACUCCUGGGCCUGACUUGCCAUCGGGAGAACAAUCCACAAGGUUGCUGAUAUCCUGGGGGAUGAAUUUUGUUCAAAGCACAAUGAUGAAGAGAAUGAUUGAGAAUGGAGCACGACCAGCCAUCAAGGAGAGUUUUGUUCAGUUUUCUAAUCUUCUGUCUGAACAUGUCAAGCCUGUUGAUCUGAAGGGAACUGGAUCCCAAAAGGAACAGGUUUUGGCAUCUUUGCAAGCAGAACCGCUGUCAGAUUGGAAGCUGGCUGUUCAAUACUUUGCUAAUUUCACUGUGGUAUCAACCAUUAUUAUUGGAAUUUAUGUUCUUGUUCACAUUUGCCUAACACCUCCUAGCACCAUCCAGGGGCUUGAAUUUGUUGGACUCGACUUGCCUGAUUCUAUUGGUGAAGUUAUCGUAUGCAGUGUCCUGGUACUUCAAGCUAAACGAAUUUUUGAGUUGGUAGCACGUUUCAUGCAAGCCAGAUCACAGAAGGGCAGCGACCAUGGAGUUAAAGCACAAGGAAAUGGAUGGCUGCUCACUGUUGCAUUAAUUGAGGGAAGCAACCUAGCAGCUGUGGACUCGAGCGGUUUCUCUGAUCCAUAUGUGGUCUUUACUUGCAACGGAAAAACGAGAACGAGCUCAAUCAAGUUCCAGAAGCUAGAUCCUCUAUGGAAUGAAAUAUUUGAAUUUGAUGUGAUGGAUGAGCCUCCGUCAGUUCUAGAACUGGAGGUUUUUGAUUUUGAUGGACCUUUUGACGAAGCAACUUCUUUAGGUCAUGCUGAAAUAAACUUUCUCAGAACAAAUAUUUCAGAGCUAGCAGAUGUAUGGAUUCCACUCCAAGGAACGGUAGCCCAGGCAUGUCAGUCAAAACUGCGGUUAAGGAUAUUUUUGGAUGACACACGAGGCGCUAAUGCUGUCAGAGAAUACCUUCAAAAAAUGGAAAAGGAGGUUGGAAAGAAGAUUAAUCAGCGAUCCCCUCAGACAAAUUCAGCAUUUCAGAAACUAUUCUGCCUUCCUCCAGAGGAAUUUCUAAUCAAUGAUUUCACUUGUCAUCUGAAGCGCAAGAUGCCACUGCAGGGACGUCUAUUCCUAUCACCAAGAGUAAUAGGAUUCCAUGCUAGCCUAUUUAGACAUAAAACAAAAUUCUAUUUUCUCUGGGAGGACAUAGAGGACAUUCAAGUUGCUUCUCCUAAUCUUUCAUCAAUGGGAAGUCCGACUAUUGUCAUAACUCUGCGGAAAGGAAGAGGUUUGGAUGCAAAGCAUGGGGCAAGAACUCAGGAUGAGGAAGGGAGGUUAAAAUUUUAUUUCCAUUCAUUUGUGUCUUUCACCCAGGCACACAGAACAAUUUUAGCUCUUUGGAAGGCAAGAUCCUUGAGCCCUGAGCAAAAAAUAAAGAUUGUUGAAGAUUCUGAAACUUGUCUUCAGACAGAUGAGAGUGGAACCUUUGUGGGUGAUGAGGAUGUAAGCUUGAAUGAGGUUUAUUCUUCUUCUCUGUCUGUUCCGAUGAACUUCUUGAUGGAGAUAUUUAGCGGAGGCGUGAUUGAGAGAAGAGUUAUGGAGAAAACUGGAUGUCUCAAUUAUACUUGUUCUUCUUGGGAAUUAGAAAAGGAUGUUUACGAAAGGCAAGUUUGCUACAAAUUUGACAAACAUAUAUCUCGUUUCAAAGGAGAAGUGACGAGCACGCAACAAAAAUCUCCGCUCGCUGAUAAAACUGGCUGGCUUAUUGAAGAGGUUUUGACACUCCAUGGGAUUCCUCUUGGUGAUUAUUUUAAUCUGCACCUUAGAUACCAAAUAGACGAUAGAUCAACAGGUUGUUUUGUGAAAGUAUCGUUUGGAAUUGCUUGGUUGAAGAGCACAAAACAUCAGAAAAGAAUCUCUAAGAACAUACUUUCAAAUCUGGCGGAUCGCCUUAAAGUGAUGUUCGCUACUGUUGAGAAAGAAUAUAAUGGAAGAUAAGAGUCUUCAAUAUGCUCAAUCGUUUUUCCAUCCGAUACUGAUUAUUGUAUUUUGACAGCAGAAAUACAGCGUUACUCGUUGCUAUCAGAAAUCCAUACUUCAUUCUCAGUAUGCAGCGAUUCCGAUGCAGAGCUUCUUGUAGACAUUGCGGACUUUGCGAUUCUCUGUGUGCUGAUUAGUGCAUAUCUGUUCAACUGUACAUCCAACUGUUCGUUGCAACACCAGAUAAGAGUAUAGAUAUCUAAUUGACCGCAAGUUCUUUGAACAGUGAUUGACGUAUCCAUUGAAUUUUUAUUGGAUACAAAAUCUGUGUCAGGUCCUAUAUUGUUGGAAUUAAAGCUUGAACAUUAUAAUUUUUGAUGAAUAAUGUAAAGUCUUUUGAAAUGUGGGACGUGCUUCCAUGCCUAAAUAGAUGAAGAUGAUGAGGUUAGAGAUGCUAAUGACAUAUAAUGUGCCCAUGAGUAUACAGUAAUCUUAU